AGAAGGCAGCCUUCAUUGGCCACGAAGCUCGCACCGAUGGAUCUGCCAUGACUGUCAGCAGAUGCACGAGAAGUGAUUUGAUGUGGCAUCAGUGGGCUGGCCUAACAUCGCGUACCCUGCGAUCAGAUCGCAGAACGUCGAUUGUGCCGUCCUGGCGCCCCUUCGGUCACGCGAGCACGCGGGCGAUUUGGAUGAUUGCCGUCUUGCGACAUGUCAGUCGACUCGUGUGACGGUUCGCGCCCCGAAAGGAAGGCUAUGGCGUCGGAGUAUCGUGUCGUCGCCCCGUAGUGGGGAGGAGGAGCGGGAUGCAGAUUAUCCGGCGAGGGCUCGAGGGAUGAAGUCCACCUCGUUGCCGGGGUCUGGCUUGGCACUGCGCGGCUUGCCUCCGUCGAGCCUUUGUGGGAAUGCGGCUCCGGCGAAGUGCACGUCUGCUUGUGGAAACACAGCGGGUCGCGAAAGUGUCAGUUAUCGCUCCCCUGCCACCGCUCUGGCGCGUGGGCUGCGUUGUCUGGCGUGGCAGAGGGCGCGCUGGCUUCUCGGCGCUGGCUUCUUCACGAGCGCAUCGAUGCCCUCCUCUAGAGCGUUUGUCGAUUGAGCGUCAGGAAUCGAGUUUCGAGUUCCCUUUCUUGAUUGUCCCUGGUUCCUGUCACCUGUCUUCGCCGCUCGACGAUCCCCGUUUGCGGCUGCACCGCUGAUCUUUGGACAUCGUGAACGUGAUUGACUCUAUUGGGAAGAAGAAGUUUUGGUCGUUUCUUUGACAACAAUUUACACAACCACGCCCUUGUCUUGCAAAUUUUGCCACCAUGACGUUCCGACAGAAAACCAUGGCCAAGUUGGGCAAAGAGCCCGCAGUGCCCGGGUACACGGGAUUCAUCCCGGCGAUGCGGAAUCACCUGAUCGGUCACAGUUAUGGUGAUUCGACCAGACGAGCGGCAGCGUGCACUGACUCUCUUCGCAAAAAGUCGUACCCGAAGGCUAUUGAAUUGACAGUGGAAUCCCGACCUCAAGACAGAAACUUUUUCUAUGCACAACUUUCUCGAGCUGCAUUAGAACAGCCGCCUAAGGCCAUACACUGGAUUGCCAGCAAGCGAGACUUACCCAUCGAAAUGACAGCGACAUCUGGUUUGGUAGACGUACGGAAAAUGAAAACAUGUAUAGGGACCACAGCCGAGGGUGUCACAACAUGCGCUCCUCACAUGUCUAUACCAGACCCUCCGUAUAAGGACCGGCACCUGUGUACGAAGAGAGAGUUUGAAGCGCUGAAGGAUGAUUGUCUUGAAGUAGCGGAGGCCAGACAUCACAUCAAGGGCUACUCUGGUCAUUACCAUGCCAAGCAGCAUGUCUAUGGGAAGUCAUAUGGAAAGACAACCCGAGAACUACGUCCUCUACCUGCUCGUCCCGUCACUUCGAGAGAAUACCAAUUUUACCAAGACAACCGGGCUUUGAUGGUGAACGAAUUUGAACUCAAGCGUAGAAUGAAAUACAACCAUUUCACUCUCUUACCUCCUGGACACAAACCUGGUGGGUGCCUGGGUAUGGAAGAUACCCCUUGGUCGUGGUAGAAACGUGAACCUCAGUGUAAGCUUUGUUUAGCCCUUAAGCAUUGGUGUAUUGCAGGAACCACACCAUUGAGUGUGAAGUUGGCUUCAGUUUUUUCCUCACAUCUAAAGGUCCCUUCAUUUAGAGGGUCUGUAGGGUCGAAUACUUGGUAUUUGAGGCAGGUGAGAGCAAGAACUCCUCUCCGAUAACAGUUCAUGGAGGACGAGAUGUAUUUUAAAGUUGAGUUGGUUCUUCUCUUAAUUGAAAUGAGUUCAGCUCUGAGAAGGAGGAAAAUCAGCUGCCAUAGCCCUCGUAGAAUCGAUGUGUUGUAUAAAGACGACCGCGGAGUGAUCUCCCCAUGCCUUC